AUGUCAGUUCCUACGUUUGAUGAUUUAUCAUUUUAUUCCAAUGAUCAAGAAUUAACUAAAUCCAGAUACUUGAAAUUAGUUGAGAUUUUCCAAUCCAAUUUCCCUAAUGCAUCAAUUGAUUUCUUUGCUAGAUCUCCUGGACGUGUUAACUUAAUUGGUGAUCAUAUUGAUUACAAUUUCUUCCCUGUUUUACCCAUGGCUAUAAGCAACGAUGUUAUAGUUGCAGUGAAUGUCAAUGAUGAACCAGAAAUAGUGAUUACAAACACUGAUUCCAAGAAUUUUGCCAAGGAAACUAUACCAUUGACCAACAACAACGAUGGUUUUGAGAUUGAUUCACAGCAUCAUAGUUGGGCAAAUUAUUUCAAAUGUGCAUUAAUUGUCGCCAACAACUAUUUAACUGAACAAAACUUAAAAGGCCAAUUGAAAGGUAUGAAAUUGACUUUUGAUGGUAAUGUACCUACAGGAGGAGGGUUAUCUUCAUCAGCUGCAUUUUGUGUUGCUUCUACAUUAGCUAUACUUCAUGCCAAUGGAGUUAAAGAUAUAAGCAAAGCUGAUUUGACAAGAAUCACAGUUGUUUGUGAACAUUAUGUUGGUGUUAAUACUGGUGGAAUGGAUCAAUGUGCUAGUGUGUAUGGGGAACCAGAUAAAGCAUUAUUGAUUCAAUUUAAACCAAAAUUAAUUGGGAAACCAUUCAAAUUUCCUGUGGAAAACUUAACAUUUGUUAUUACUAAUAGUUUGCAAGUGUCAAAUAAACAUGAAACAGCUCCUAUCCAUUAUAAUUUGCGAGUGGUAGAGAUGGCAAUUGCAGCUGAUGUGUUGGUCAAAAAAUUGAAUUUAGGAACUUUAGUACCUCAAGAUUCAAAUAUCGGCACUAGCAGUUUAAGAGGGGUAAUGGAUGCAGUAUUCAAUACUUGUAAAUGGGAUGGAAACGACAUUGAUGUUGGUAUUGACCAAUUGAAGAAAAUGAUUGCUAUUGUUGAAACUGAAUUGAACAACAAUCAAGAAGGGUAUACUGUUGAUCAAUGUUUAACUGUGUUGGAUUUAUCUUUGGAUGAAUUUAAAAGUAAAUAUUUGCAAGCUUACCCAGUCAAAUUUGAUGUUUUGAAACUUUACCAACGUGCCAAACACGUAUAUCAAGAGAGUUUGCGAGUAUUAGAGACUUUGAAAUUGUUAUCAACGACACAGACCAGCAGCAACAGCAAAGACGAUGACGAAUCAUUUUUGGUCAAGUUUGGGGAAUUGAUGAACCAAUCGCAAUCAGAUCUUGAUAAAUUGAAUGAAUCAUCAAAUGACAAAUUGAAUGAGAUUUGUUCAAUUGCAUUACAAAAUGGUUCUUAUGGAUCAAGAAUCACCGGUGCUGGUUGGGGUGGUUCAAUUGUUCAUUUGACAACAUUAGAUAAAUCGAAACAAUUGAUCCAAGGAUUGAUUAAAAACUAUUAUCAAUUGGAAUUUCCUAAUAUUAAAUUGGAUGAAUUGUUGAAUGAUGCUAUUAUUGAUAGUAAACCAUCUAUGGGUAGUUGUAUUGUAACGACGAAAUUCUUACAAUAA